AUGCUGAAGGCUACUGCGUCUUCUCAGCGCUAUGCUUGGGCGCUACUGCUGGCGCUGAUCGCUUCUGGAUGGGCUGUGCACGUGUGCUCGCUGGACGUGGAGUGGCGCAAUUACUGGGAGUCGGCCUGGUACCACUCGGGACUUGGCUACCAAUGCACGUACGUGAACAAACCGUCUCAGGCAGUGCGUGCGCAUCUGCAGGAGAAUCUGAAGGGCCAAGAGCGAGCGGUGGAGGCAGUUGUGGGCGCGAUCGAAGCGUGGGAGUUCUCGACGUCGACGAAGGACCGUGCGCCGUUGGUACUGGCGAUUACAGGACCGACUGGAACAGGCAAGACAGAGAUGUCCAAUCUGAUUGCCGAGGCGCUGUUUCAACGCAAGAAAAAGAUGCCACAUAGCGAGAAACGCGUGCCAACUGGACUGCUGAUUUAUCGUGGAGAGGAUUUCAGCGACAACUUCACGAACCCCAUCACGGAGUAUCACACCCAAAUCAAGACAAGACUAGCUGAGCACUUGCAUCAUUGCUCGGGCAAAGCUGUCGUGGUGAUUGACGAAGUGCAGAAAGUGAUUCCGCACACUCUCGAUGUCCUUAUGGAAGCUGUCAGUGAGAGCUCUCAGUUUUCUUACUACAAGCACGGCGUGACCAAGAAUGUCGACACCGCCAAUGUCAUUUUCAUACUCGUGUCGGACAUUGGCGUGGGCGAGAUGGAGCAGGUGAUGAUUCAGUAUGAGACCCGAAACGAGAUACCCACCGCACAACUUGAAAGGGUCGUGAAGGCAGCUCUGGAUGAUCAGUGGAAGCGACUGGAAUUUGGCAAAAUGAUCGAUCGGGUCGUUCCGUUUCUGCCUUUCGAGCACCAGCACAUCGUCGAGAUCAUUGCUCUGAAGCUGAAACAGCUGGACAAUAACUACCGUGGGAAGUACUGGCAUCGCCUGUGGAUCGACGGAUCGAUUGCCGACUACAUGUCGCGUUUGGACUCGGUGCACUACAAAGUGCGUUCAGCAGUCGUGGACGGCAAGGUCAAGUCGAGCAAAGUGUUUGCCAAGUACGGAGCUCGCGACGUCGAAACAGGUCCGAUUCAGCUGCUCAAGUCCAAGUUGCUGCGCUAUUUGCGGCCUUUUGACCCCGACGCUGAGAUCCGGAUCGCACAAGACCCCCAGACGAAGGACAUUUCCAUCGUGUCCUGUUCACUCAAAGACGUGACGAUAGCAUCGUCGAGGAAAAGCGAAGACCAACGCAGCAGUCCAUCGAUGCUCGACAAGCACGGCCGUGACAGUCGAGACGACUUGAUCCGCGUCGGCUGCGUCACUAAAUGGUCUGGUCCAUUCGAAUAG